GUCAGUAUAUAACUUUAUGAGCAAACGCAUUCCAUAUCUUGGGUUUCUUUAGAAAAAACAAUGCACAGAAACGUUCCUAAUCGCUUCAGGCUGUUGCAAACUAGGUCCUUCCAAGCACAACGCAGCGGAAAUCCAAACCCAAAGAGAAAUAAGUUACCAUUGACUAGAGAAGAUGAGGUAGUUAAACAAAAUAAUAUGGCAAUUAGUAAACACAUGAGGAAUGGGCAACUCGAAUCAGCUCACCGUAUAUUCAACAACAUGCCACAUCGAACAUGUGAUACUUGGAAUUCAAUGAUAUCUGGUUACUUACAGAAUGACAAAUUUGAUCUUGCUCGUCGUUUGUUUGACAAUAUGCCUACAAGAGAUCUUGUUUCGUGGAAUGUAAUGCUUAGUGGAUAUGUUAGGAAUCGAAAACUAAGUUUAGCUCGAUUGUUGUUUGAUGAAAUGCCUCACAAAGAUGUUGUUUCGUGGAAUACGAUGUUAUCUGGGUAUGCUCAAAAUGGGUAUGUGAAUGAAGCUAGAGAGAUUUUUGAUGAAAUGCCGGAGAAAAAUAAUAUAUCGUGGAAUGGUGUACUUGCUGCUUAUAUACAGAAUGGACGAAUUGAGAGUGCUUAUAAGCUUUUCGAGUCGAAAUCGGAUUGGGAAAUUUUUUCUUGGAAUUCUAUGAUGGCGGGGUUCUUAAGAAGGAAAAGAUUAGUUGAUGCAAGGUGUCUUUUUGACCGUACGGCAGAGAGAGAUUUAGUGUCUUGGAAUACAAUGAUAUCAGGUUAUGCUCAAAAUGGGGGACUAUUGGAAGCUCAUGCUGGAAAUAGUCAAGAGGCUGCGAUUAUUGCUGGAUAUGCUCAUGCUGGAAAUAGUCAAGAGGCUCUGAAUCUUUUUAUAGAAAUGAUGAGAGAUGGAGAAAGAAUGAACAGAUCCACAUUUACUUGUGCAUUGAGUACGAGUGCUGAUGUUGCAGCUUUGGAGCUUGGGCAGCAAGUACAUGGGCGACUUGUUAAGGCGGGAUAUGAGUUAGGUUGUUAUGUGGGAAAUGCACUUCUUGCGAUGUACUGUAAGUGUGGGAGCAUAGAAGAAGCUCACGAUGUAUUUGAGGCUAUGGCAGAGAAAGACGUAGUUUCUUGGAACACAAUGAUCGUAGGUUAUGCUAGGCAUGGAUUUGGAAAGCAGGCACUGGAAGUCUUUGAGUCGAUGGAGUUGAAGGGUAUAAAACCAGAUGACGUCACCAUGGUUGGUGUUUUAUCUGCUUGUAGUCAUGCUGGCUUAGUAAGUAAAGGUACAGAUUACUUUCAUUCUAUGGAUAAGAAGUAUGGCAUAAAGGCAAAAGCAAACCACUACACUUGCAUGAUUGAUCUAUUAGGACGAGCUGGACUGUUAGAAGAUGCUGAGUCUCUGAUGAGAAAUAUGCCAUUUGAGCCAGAUGCAGCAACAUGGGGUGCCUUGCUUGGUGCAAGUAGAACUCAUGGUAAUACAAAAUUAGGUGAAGAGGCUGCUCGGAAAUGUUUAGAGAUGGAACCAGAAAAUUCAGGUAUGUAUGUUCUACUCUCGAACUUGUACGCAUCUUCAGGCAGAUGGAGCGAUGUUCAAAGAAUGAGAGUCAUUAUGAGGGACAAAGGUGUAAACAAAGUUCCUGGGUAUAGUUGGAUGGAGGUGCAGAAUAAGAUCCAUAUAUUCUCUGCUGGGGAUUCAGUGCACCCCGAGAAGGAUAGAAUUUAUGCUUUCUUAGAGGAGUUGGAUUUGCUUGUAAAGAAGGAAGGAUUUGUUUCUGUGACGAAGAUGGUUUUACAUGAUGUCGAAGAGGAAGAGAAGGAACACAUGCUUAGAUAUCAUAGUGAAAAGUUAGCUGUAGCAUUUGGUAUAUUGAGUAUACCUCCGGGAAGACCAAUUAGAGUGAUAAAAAAUCUAAGAGUUUGCGAAGAUUGUCACAAGGCUAUAAAACUUAUAUCGAAGGUAACAGGAAGGUUAAUUAUCUUAAGAGAUUCUAACCGUUUUCAUCACUUCAGUAAUGGUUCAUGCUCUUGUGGGGAUUAUUGGUGAGAGCAAAGAAUUAGGGAAACAGUGAGAAUUGUUUGACUUAUUUUAUUCCCUUGCAAGUGUAUUUCACUUGUUUCUUAAUAUGUGGGUAUCAUUGGAGUUCAUUUUGGAAAUACACAACAAGGUUCAAUUGAUUAGCCAUAUCGAAGCCUCAUUUGGAUAA